UAUCGGUCAUCACAAUUAGACUCGGAAGGAUUGGACGACAGAAAAAACAUGCCCUCCAUACUUGGUCGAGCAUUUCUGACUUGGCAAAAUUUUAUCAAGACCUAUCUGCUCAGUUUGCAUUUCGCAUGCAAUCCUACUUUGAAAAUUGUUGGCUCCCAAGUUUACCCCUGUUACAAUUGCAUCCUCGUUGCUGGCAGCUACCCCGCAGCGUCCCUCUAUAAAGCCCGGCAAUAACGAACUAUUGGAACGACUCGGAAGUGAUUAAGGCUAUCAUCAUGAGUGACAUUCGCGAGGACCAGGGUACCGGGUCGGUCGAUCCAAAGUCUGACCCCCAGUACAUCCAAUUCAAGUGCCUUCCACCCGGCGACGCCCUGAAUAGAUGGUCGCAUAUGAUCACUAGAGAGCAUGAUUUUCCUGGAGCUCAGGCUAUGCUCUAUGGAGCAGGCGUGCCGAAUGAGAAAAUGAUGAAGAAGGCCCCUCAAAUUGGUGUCGCCACGGUUUGGUGGGAAGGGAAUCCUUGCAACACUCAUUUGCUCGACUUCGGAAAGAUUGUGAAGAAGUCCAUCGAGAAGCAGGAUAUGUUGGCAUGGCAGUACAACGCGGUUGGUGUAUCGGAUGCCAUCACUAUGGGAGGCGAAGGGAUGCGCUUCUCAUUACAGUCCCGUGACCUCAUUGCCGAUAGUAUUGAGACUGUCACUUGUGCUCAACACCACGAUGCGAAUAUUUCCAUCCCAGGUUGUGACAAGAACAUGCCUGGCGUCGUGAUGGCCGCUGCACGCCAUAAUCGGCCAUUUAUCAUGAUCUACGGUGGCACGAUCCGCAAAGGCAACUCAAACCUCUUGGAAAAGGAGAUUAACAUCAGUACUUGCUAUGAAGCAUCUGGCGCUUAUGCUUAUGGGCGGUUGAACGCAAAGACCAACCCUGGUAGCGAGGGCCGUACACCGAGCGAUGUCAUGUCAGACAUUGAACGUCAUGCUUGUCCCGGGGCAGGUGCAUGUGGUGGAAUGUAUACCGCAAAUACUAUGGCCACUGCUAUCGAGGCGAUGGGACUGACGUUACCGGGCUCAUCUUCCUAUCCGGCACUCUCACCCGAGAAAGCACGUGAGUGCGAACGUGCCGGCGAGGUGAUCAAGACGACCAUGGCUAGGGACAUCCGCCCACGAGAUCUUAUCACCAAAGAAUCGUUCGAGAAUGCUUUGGUGAUUACCAUGAUCCUCGGUGGGUCGACGAAUGGUGUGCUGCAUUUUUUAGCCAUGGCCAACACAGCGGAAGUGCCUCUGACCAUCGACGAUGUUCAGAGAGUGAGCGACAAGACGCCCUUCUUGGCGGACCUAGCGCCAAGUGGAAAGUACUACAUGGAAGACCUUUAUAAGAUUGGCGGAACACCUUCGGUUCUGAAGAUGCUCAUUGCUGCUGGCCUCAUCAAUGGAGACAUUCCAACUGUCACCGGCAAAACUUUGGCUGAGAAUGUUGCAGACUGGCCAAGUUUACCGCCAGACCAGAAGCUUAUUCGUCCCUUAUCUGACCCUAUCAAGGAGUCUGGUCACAUCCGCAUCCUCCGGGGCAACUUUGCACCUGAAGGGGCUGUAGCAAAAAUCACUGGUAAAGAAGGUUUGAGCUUUACAGGUGAAGCACGAGUGUUUAAUGCAGAACACGAGCUGAAUGCUGCAUUGACUCGUGGUGAGAUCCCCCGCGGGGGAAAUCUAGUGCUUAUCGUUCGGUAUGAGGGGCCUCGUGGUGGCCCAGGUAUGCCAGAGCAGUUGAAGGCUUCUGCUGCAAUCAUGGGAGCUGGCUUGAGCAAUAUUGCGUUGGUGACUGACGGUCGAUACAGCGGAGCCAGUCACGGCUUUAUCGUCGGGCACGUCACACCAGAAGCAGCUCGUGGUGGCCCAAUUGCACUAGUCAAGGAUGGUGAUACGAUCACCAUCGACGCGGUGAGGAACCGAAUCGAUAUCACGAACGUCGAUGAUGCGGAGCUCGAUGAGCGUAGGAAGGCUUGGAAGCCGCCAGCCCCUCGCGUUAGGAGAGGCGUGCUAGCGAAAUACGCACGCCUGGUUGGAGAUGCUAGUCAUGGUGCUGUGACUGACCAAUGGGAGGAUGAUAUCGCUGUCCCCAAAUAAAACACCCAGAAACAUAAUAGUCGAAGUACAUUCCCACUUAUGAAUUACCGGCUGUGUAGUGAAGCAUUUAUCAUUCAAUAGAGAAAGAAAUUGU